CAGACUGGUGCAGAGACUGGUGACGUCACUCCCCUCUCUCUCCUCGUGUAUAAAGGUUCUGGAUGAGCAGCAGGUUGGUAUUCAAACUCUGCGCCUCAGAGCGACUCCACCGAAGAGGAGGAAAGGACAGAGCAGGAAAGAAAAGACGAGAUCUGACAAAAAAAAGUCUUUGGAGUAUGAACAGAUUUAUAUUUGCAGUUUUCCUCUUGGCUCUGGGUUUUCUUGUCUGCGAAGGGGGUAACCCAUGUUGCUCAGAGCCAUGCCAGAACAAGGGCGUUUGCACAGCCCAGGGAACAGAUGAUUACGAGUGUGACUGCACACGUACAGGAUAUCUCGGAAAAAACUGCACAACACCUGAAUUCCUCACCUGGGUCAAAGUAUCCCUGAAGCCAUUGCCCAAUACGAUCCACUACCUGCUCACCCACUUCAAGGGCUUCUGGAACAUCAUCAACAACAUCUCCUUCCUCCGGGAUGGCAUCAUGAGAUACGUGCUGACAUCUCGAUCCCACUUGAUUGAUAGUCCUCCAACCUUCAAUAUGGAUUAUGGUUAUAAAAGCUGGGAGGCCUAUUCCAACCUCUCGUACUACACGCGCACACUCCCCCCUGUGCCAGAGGAUUGCCCAACCCCUAUGGGAGUCGUAGGUAAAAAGGAGCUACCUGACGUUAAGGUACUGGCUGAGAAGCUUCUGUUGAGGAGACAGUUCAUCCCAGACCCGCAGGGCACCAGCCUGAUGUUCGCGUUCUUCGCACAGCAUUUCUCCCACCAGUUCUUCAAAUCUGAUAUGAAGAAAGGACCUGCUUUUACCCUGGCUGAAGGUCACGGGGUGGACCUCAACCACAUUUAUGGAGGCAACCUGGAGAAGCAACACAAGCUCCGGCUCAUGAAGGAUGGCAAGCUUAAAUAUCAGGUUCUGGAUGGAGAGGUGUAUCCCCCAACAGUAAAGGAGGUGGGCGUUGACAUGCACUACCCUCCUCACGUUCCCGACCCUCACCGCUUCGCUGUGGGCCACGAGGCGUUCGGCCUGGUCCCCGGCCUGAUGAUGUACGCCACCAUCUGGCUACGAGAACACAACCGGGUGUGUGACGUGUUGAAGGCGGUCCACCCGGACUGGGACGACGAGAGGCUCUUCCAGACCACACGGCUCAUUCUGACUGGAGAGACCAUCAAGAUUGUGAUCGAGGACUACGUGCAGCACCUGAGCGGCUAUAACUUCAAGCUCAAGUUUGACCCCGAGCUGCUGUUCAACCAGCGCUUCCAGUACCAGAACCGCAUCUCGUCCGAGUUCAACACCCUGUACCACUGGCACCCUCUGAUGCCCGAUACUUUCCACAUUGAGGAGAAAGAGUACAACUAUAAACAGUUUAUCUUCAACAACUCCGUGGUGACGGAGCACGGCAUCGGCAACCUCGUGGAGUCGUUUACCAAUCAGAUCGCUGGACGGGUCGCUGGGGGCCGAAAUGUGCCAGGACCUGUCAUGUAUGUGGCAAUUAAGUCCAUUGAGAACAGCAGAAAGAUGCGCUACCAGUCUCUGAACGCCUACAGGAAACGGUUCUCCAUGAAGCCCUACAGCUCAUUUGAAGACCUUACAGGAGAGAAAGAAAUGGCAGCAGUGCUGGAGGAGUUCUAUGGGCACGUCGAUGCCGUGGAACUCUACCCGGGUCUGCUGGUGGAGAAGCCCCGGACCAACGCCAUCUUUGGGGAGACCAUGGUGGAGAUGGGGGCCCCUUACUCCCUCAAGGGCUUGAUGGGAAACCCCAUCUGCUCGCCGGAGUACUGGAAGCCAAGCACGUUCGGAGGCAGCGUGGGCUUCGACAUCGUCAACACCGCCUCCCUGCAGAGGCUCGUCUGCAAUAACGUGCAGGGCCCUUGUCCCGUGGCAUCCUUUUCUGUGCCCAAUGUUAAAGACACGGGAUCCAUGAUCAUCAACUCAAGCACGUCCCACUCGGGCGGGAAUGAUGUCAACCCCACAGUCAUUUUGAAAGAAAGGACUACUGAGUUCUAAUUUUUUUAAUUUUAUAAUGUUAUUUUUUAAUGUAUUUAUUUAUUAAUAUUUAUAUUUAUUGUAUGCUAUUUAUAACAUUUUUUAUAUGUCAUUUUGUAUAUUUAUGUCUGGUUAUCAAGAACAAAAGUCUGUGGUUGUGUUUAUUUAUUGAAAGAUUAAUUAUGUUAUAAGUUAUUGUUACAGUAAUGACCUCAGACAACGCAAUUUGAUACUUGAAAGUUAGUUUACAGCUUCAACUACGUAGUAAGGUACAUUACAUUCCUAAUGCUUCCUUAGAUCAACUGCUUCUCUUCCAUUUAUGUUCAUGCAACGGUACGGCUGUCUCAGUGAUCUGUUUUACAGAGAUACAGUAUAGGAGUGAUGGUCACAGUGAACUUAAUGACUAAUCUUGACUCCCUUUGGAUAUAAUGUUAAACAGUAUGCAUUCCUAUUUCAGUAUUGUUUUACUGAUUUGUUUUGUACUUCAGUCUGUGUAUUGGUUUGGGUAAUUUGAAAUUACCUUAAUAACUAAGCUGCACUGUUGUCUAGAAUUGCAUUGUCGUUCUAUAGAAAAUGUUACAUUGAGUUAUAUGAGCUUAAAAUGGCCAUGUACUGUAAAUAACCUGUUGGUUAGUUUUGUUGUGAAUGCCUAUUGACUUGCAAGGUUGACACUAAUAAAUGCUACCAGGAAAUGGAGCACAUUUCUCAGAAACCAGCUGA